UAAACCAGUUCCAUUUUCGCCUCCGACAGGCGUGCACGCGUUUCAAAUUUGGAAUGUUGCGAUGUAAAAAUAAUAAAUUGCGAAGUUUUUCUUUUCAUUUCCGGCCAGUGUUGUUAUUUAUGAAGUGAUCAGACCGGAUUAUGCGUUGUCUAUGCCCGAUUUCGGUGUGAUAAUCUAAUUAGGUUGUGUUUUGUCAUUGCUUGAGUAUUAUUUUUAGAGUUGUUAAAGUCAGUUGGUGCGACUGGUCUUAAUUUAGCAAUGCACAUCAGUGUAAAAAGCUGCUCAAGUUGGACCUUUUAAAAUGCGAAAAAAGAGAAAAACAAUAAAAAAAUGUGAAUAUUCGAAAAGUAUGAAAAUGUCGUUUUUAAUCCAUCGAUUUCAAGUUGUACAGUGUAUCACCAGAUAGAGACUGGAUAAAGUACUUAUAGUGAACAUUCACCGAAGUACCUUGGCAUUUUAGAUUUAAAAAUAAAACAAAAGAAGUUGAGUGAACGACAAAAACAUCUUACCCGAAGGGAAAACAAACUGCGGGCCUUUUAAAAUCGAAAAACAAAUAAUUAAUCUGCGUUUAAGGUGAUCGCUUUUAUUUAAACAUUUUGGGACUGCCGCCUUUUCUGUUUAUUUAACUGCCCCCAGUGGGUAUUCGGAAAACAAAACAGUGAAAGAAAACAUAACCCGAUAGCAUUUACCGUAAAGUACUACCAUUCUAAAUUAAUGAGUACUUUAUUCGUAAACACAAGCCACGUUUUCAAGCAAAUUAAAAAGAAAACUGUCAAAUUCGAAAAGUGACAUUCUGAAAUUAGAAUGUUUGUGAAAAAAUAAAAACUAGUGACGUGCAGUGUUUAUAAGUGAUCGAUUGUUUUUUAAUCUGUGCUGUUAGUGCUGUGUCAAAGUGGCAGGGGACGAGCAUCUGGACAUGUUGGGGGGCCCCGAAUGGGGGCAGCGGGAAGCGACCCCCCCUAGAGACGCUCCCCUGCCGAGUUUUGGCUUCACACAGGAGCAGGUCGCGUGCGUUUGUGAGGUCCUGCAGCAAGCAGGCAACAUCGAGCGUUUAGGGCGCUUCCUAUGGUCUCUGCCUGCGUGCGAGCGACUCCACGCACACGAAUCUGUACUCAAGGCAAAGGCAAUGGUGGCUUUUCAUAGAGGGAACUUCAAGGAAUUGUACAGACUGCUGGAGUCACACACGUUUAGUCCACACAACCAUGCGAAUCUCCAGGAUUUGUGGUUGAAAGCUCAUUACAUGGAGGCUGAGAGGUUACGGGGCCGACCUUUGGGAGCUGUCGGUAAAUACAGAGUACGGCGUAAAUUCCCACUGCCCAGGACGAUAUGGGACGGAGAGGAGACUUCGUACUGUUUUAAGGAGAAGUCACGAUCCGUCCUUCGAGACUGGUACCUCCACAACCCGUACCCGUCUCCGCGGGAAAAACGGGAAUUAGCUGAGACCACAGGACUGACCACAGUUCAGGUUUCAAAUUGGUUCAAAAACAGAAGACAGAGGGACAGACAGGCAGAACACAAAGACAGUGGCGGCAGCGGUGACAAACAAUUGGAUUCCUCGACGGACGACGACAGCGACGCCCCGCACCAAGCGUCGCACGCGCCCCCCGCGCACGCCCCCCAACCCCUGUACCCCCUUUAUGAACAUCCUUUAGCACAUUUACAGUACCAUCACACGUGACCCUACUUUUCUGUGUAAAUUUUUACCUUUUUCCUGAAAGAGCGCUCUUGGGUUAAUUUCACGACUGUUUGAACGCGGCGUGUAGCGUUUCAUUGGUGUCGCAUUUUUUUAAAUAAGGAAUCAUUUGUUUAAAAAUUGAACAUAUAUAAAAUUAACAUUGUACCAGUACUUUACUUAUUUAUAAAAUAGGAUAAUUAUAUUGAUUACUGUGUAUGGUACAAUUUAAUAAACAUUAAUUACAGCUCACAGCGGCAUUGAAAACGCUCGUGAAAUUCACCCUCUUGCUGAUUAGCCUCACGAUUUUUAUCAAUUUAUUUUUAUUAAUAUCGAAACUAAAAAAAAACACACACCAGUUUAUGCUAUAACAGGAUUUUAUUAGAUAGUAUUAGGUACAUAUUUAAUAGUAGUAUUCAAUAUAAACUUUUAUUUAUAGUUUUCCACAUACAAAUUUUUUUGGCCAACCUUUUGUUUUGAGUAAAUUGUGGCAACUGCGUCCAUUAGAGAACUGUAAUACUUCCUCAUAUACCUAAUUGACAUAUUUAAUGUUGCAUUAAAUUCCUACAUAUGGUUUUUUUUUACGUUUCCCUAUUAAUUGAAAGGUAUUGUUUAAAAAAUUUGUUGCAUUCACGGUGGCGCUAGUAAAUGGGUUGGUCCAGUCUUAUUAUAUUAUACUAAUAUUAUAAAUGCGAACGUUUGUGACGAUGUAUGUGUGUAUGUAUGUUUGUUACUCUUUCACGCGAAAUCUACUACACGGAUUAAAAAAAUAUAUAUAUUAGGACAAAUCACACUGAUUGACCUAGCACCAAAGUAAGUUCGAGACUUGUGUUAUGGGAUACUAACUCAACGAUACUAUAUUUUAUAACAAAUACAUAUAUAGAUAAAUAUCCAAGACCCGGGCCAAUCAGAAAAAGAUAAUUUUCCAUUAUGACCCGACCGGGGAUCGAACCCGGGACCUCUCGGUUCAGAGGCAAGCACUUUACCACUGCGCCACCGAGGUCGAGGAUUGUUACGAAAUUUGGUAAGUACACGGGUAGAAUAUAAUCUGGAAUAACAUAUAGGGUACAUUUUAUCCCGAAAUUCCCACGGGAGCGAAGCCCCGGAGCGCAGCAAAAAUUUUAUAAUGCAGAUGAACAGAAUUCUAAAAAAUAUAUUUUUUUCACGAAUACAAUCCUAAAAUGAAUGUCGAAGAAUUAAAAUGUUUAGAGUCAUCAAAACCAGUUGUCAUAAUUAAUAUCUUAUUAAGCGUUUUACAUGCCGAUGUCAUCAUAUUGUGUAAUAAAAAUAUAUAAUAUUUACCAGGUACAUAAUUUAAUAAUUAAUGUCGAAUUAUUUUUUUAUUUGAACACUUCUUGUUCAAUAGAAUGAACUUAAACGAAUGAAAGAUAAUAGAAAUGUUUUUUUUUUCUGGGAUCUAGGUAUAUCAAUUGUAUUAAAUUGUUUUAAUUUUAUAACAUCACAUUUUAUUUAUAGCUGGCAACAUCUCUUUAUUUAUUUACCUAAAUCUAUAAUAGAAUGAAGUGUUUUAGCUCCUGUUUUUCAUAAUCAGAACAAAUGAAGUAGUAAUUAGGUAUAUUAGUCUGACUUUGUGAUCUAAUCUUGCUUCCUUGUAAAAUUACAUAGAUAAGUAUAUUUAAAUUAAGUAAUUUGUAUUGUUUAGGCCAUGUUUCAUAUAUUUCUGUUAAAAUGAUAUAUUGUAAUGUGACAUACACAUUAUACACUAAUCUGCCUGAAGUGAUUGGCCAGUUAGCUUUAUCCAGCGCUUGUGAAACAUGUUAACCGUUUUACUCAACUGUUUUCUAUGCUCGACGAUAGUUUAAUCAUAACUGCUAAAGUAUUUGGAAUGCCCAACUGGUUUGCUUCCAACGUAGCCGCGCGGCGCGAGCGCACUGUAGUGUGAAAGAAAAAAAAGCUGUAAUUUUUUCUAACUUAUUGUUGUUCUCAACUGUUUUGCCUACGUGCAAUGCGUUGAGCCAAAAACGGUACGAAUCUGAUGAUAAAACAAAGCCACGUUGUUAUAUCAAACCAGUUGGCAACGCCAACUGGUUGCUUGUUGGAAAAAAAAAACAGUUGAGUUUCGUUGGCUCGAAAAACGUCAACAACGUUACAUAUGGCCGUCAAAUACUUUAUUAGCAAGCGAUGAAACUGGCUUUAAGUCUGAAAACAGCAAAAAAUAUUGUAAAUAUUGUGCAUUUUUAAUAUUUUAAUUAAAAAAAAAACCAUGAUUGCAAAAUUUAUUUUGAAUAUGAAACAGUUUGAUUUGAUAUAGGAUUAUUUCCUUAUAUUACCAAAAAUAUAAACGUAUUUAUGAAAUUAAUUUUGCAAUAAUGUAUAAUGAAGUAAAGCAUUUUGUUUUACACAUAUUUUGCAGUUAUUGUUUUGUAAUUUCUUUGUAAUAAUCCGUAUACAUAUAAAAAUAUAAAUAUUUUAGGUCAUAAUAAUUAUUAAGAAACCAAAAUAUCAUAGUCUUAAUUCUGUAAUAUAAUUAAGUAGUUGUCAUAAUUAUUUUUAUAAAAUACUGCAAUAUAUUAAAUUCGCCUAUUUCUCGAAAACUUUGCGAUUAUUUAAAAUUAAAUUGUGUUGUUGCUUAUUUAUCAUUUUGUUCUUUUUGGCGAUAAACAAUAAUAUUGAAUUAUAAAGUGAUAUUUAAGCUAGCAAUAUUUCAUGUAAAAAUGUUUUAAAGUUUCCCAAAAGAAGAAAUUAAAAAAAAAUACAUUAGUUUGAAUUUCCAUCACUGACUUAGCGUUAAAUAUUCCAUGAACAAAAAAAAAGUUAAUAAGUACAAAAUAAAAUUGUAUUAAAACAAUGUUUGUGAAAAUAAUUAUGACGAAAUAAAAAUAAAAUAAUGUUAUAUUUAUUUCAUAGUUGUAUGUAAAAGCUAUAAUUUAUUUAUAAAAUCGUGUCUUUUCUUUUGUAAAAAUGUUUUAAUAAGAUAAAAUGGCGGAACUAGUGUAGUUUAUUUUCUAAAUGAACGUGUGUUGUUAAAUAUAACGUUGUUUUAUUUAUUUGAUCUAAAUACAGGUCCGGUUUUGAGAAACCGUGAAAAAAAAUCCUGAAUAUUCUCAUUUCGAAAUUCCUGCGCGCGUAAAAUAUGCCAUCGUG